AUGACGACCAAGGAAACAGAGGAUGCUGCUACAAUACAGGUAACGGAUCCAGCGCUACUUGCAAGCAUCCUUCCACGCAUUAGGCGUAUUGCACAGAUACUACAAGAGGUACAGCAGACAGAGGUGCCUAAGAAUGAGUUGGAAACCACAGAAACAGCACCGGCAGAACAUGUAUGGGAAAGUGCGCCACAAUCCACGAGCCUUGCGCUUGGCGCAGUUGCGGACGACGAGGAUAUGGAUAUGUGGGCACCAAAUAUUGAGCAAACAGGCGCACGCUACAACCACGUACCACCAGAACUGCUCGCACGACUUGCGCAGGAGGCGACGGAGCUACGCGCUGUAUUUGCCAAGACGCGCGACGCAAUUCGCGCAACGCCCGGCGCGAAUAUCAGUGUAGCAUCGCAGGAAUCGCUCCUAUCUACCGUCGAGUCGUAUGUGCAACAGCAAAACACGAUACGCAAAGUAUGGGAGGAUUGGCUUCCAACUAUUGCACAGGCGGAUAUAUCGAUGGGCUAA